AGCUGUACAAGGAUGGUGCGUUGGUAUUGACUGCUGCGAACCAGGAGGUUCCAGCACCCGGAAGCCGGAUGGCCAUAGGUCCUUCAUUCUACGCGUACUCCGCUGCAACCGACAUAAAGGAACCCGUGAUGUAUGUCAACUACGCCACGAAGCGCGACUUCGACUACAUAACCCGCCGUGGUCUCAACGCUUUUGGGAAAAUAUGUAUCGCCCGAAUAGGACAAAUACCCAGAAGGGAGAAGGUGCAAAACGUAGAGAAGGCUGGGGGCGCUGGACUGCUUCUCUUCUUGGAUCCAGAAGACGUUGGACCGCGGACCACCAGAGAAGGACCUUAUCCAAACUCUUGGUGGGUUGGUGGCAGUGCCAUGGAGAGGGGCAGCGUGGCUUAUGUUCUUGGGGACCCUCUUACGCCAGGGUAUCCAUCCAGGGAUGGGAUGUAUCGCAUUCCACAAUCGAAGGCCAGUCUGCCCAGAAUUCCUUGUCAGCCAAUAGGAUAUGACGAUGCCAGAAAGAUCCUUUCGUAAGCCCAACUUUGUUCCUAUAUUCGCUUCAAAAAUAAGCCCAACUUCUAUU